AUGCGGACUCGAACCUCAAAAGGCGAAGGCCUGGAAGCGCGCUUCCAGACCACCGGACCAUUCGGGUCGCUCUCCCUUUGCUUUCGGAAGGGAAACCUUUUCGGAGGGAAUUUGGCCAAACUUGUUGGUGGAUUAUCUCGGCUCCCAGAGGCCGGUGGAGGUAGCGGUUUUCAGAUUCGAUAUCACCGUCCCACUCUUUCCAUCGCUGUAUCAGCCGUUUCGCAAAAUCGAUCCGUGAUUUAAGUGACUUCCCUUGUCAGUAAAAAUAUUUACAUUCCCCUUUUAAUAUCAGUAAUUCAAAUUUUUUACGUUUUUUCCAUUGCCAUAAUUUUGCACCAAGAUUUGAAUUAAAUUUUACAUGCAAGCCCCUCGGAAUAUAACAUGUCGUGUUAUGUACAUAAUCCACAACAUUUAUAACAUGCAAUUCCCACGAGAAAAGCCCUGCGGACUUCAAUUUUUUCUUGUGACAUGGAUAAUGUCAUAUGUUUGAGGAGAAUCGUGGAUAUAUGUCAAAACAUGUUGUAGACGAGUAAAUAAAAGUUUAGUUUUUGGAUUUCCAGCUUUUAUGAGCCGGACUGGCCUGACACCGGUCGGUUAUUGGUGGGUGACUCUGUCCGCCAUCUCCUCGUUGUGCCUUUUUUCGGGGUUUUAUGUGCCGCAUUGGGUGAUCGGGCAAGUCUCGCUGAAUGGAAGGACAACUCCUGUGUACUUGAGUGCUUUUAGAAGAUGCAAUUUCCCCGUUUACGAUUUGGUAAGCUGCUGAUUUUUCGAUUUUUAGUAACAAUUCCCUGAGGGCAGAAUUCGGAUUUUCCCUGAAUUUCGUUAAAGAUAAUAUUUAUCAUUAUUUUCCAAAUACCUUAGAAUUUUUGGCACCGCGUUAUGCAGGAACAACCUAAAUUUGAGGGAUUUGAUUUCAAAAAGAAAAAAAAAUUUUUUUUUUUUUUUUUUGGGAAACUUGUAUUUUUUUUAACUCCCAAAUGAAAAAAACAUGUUGAAAAAUUUUUUUCUUCUGUUGGUAUUAUAUUUUAUCAAAAUUUUUAGCGCUUAGAACAGUUCCGAAUCAUCCAGGAAUGCGGGACCUACGAAGAUUUGGCCCACAUUCCCUCCAUUUACUGGCAAUUCAGCACGUUAACCAUAGCCUGCGCCGCAUUUUUAUCGUUGUUACUUGUAUUUAUUUUACUUCCGGCAUGUUGUUUCGACAAUAUUUUGAACAAACAGACCGCGGUUCUGGUCGGAUUAUUCCAAUUUUUGUCAGGUAAGAGAUCACAAUUUUUGACUUAUAAUUUUUACAAAAUUUUUCAUUUUUCUCCAACGGCAAGUCUAAUAUUGGUAAUUUUAGCUGUCGCGAUUAGUGUGGGAUGUAUAUUAUUCCCGAUGGGAUGGGAUAAUCAGGAGAUCAAGGACUCGUGUGGUGCCCAUGCCAGCAAAUUUUUACUCGGUAUGUAUUUUUUGGUAUUUUUUUUUUAGUUUUAUUUUUUUUUGCACGGUGCAAAAAAAAUAAUUUUUUUCGCACCGUGCGAUUUUUGAGAAAUGCAUUGCAGAGUGCAAAAAAAAUCGAAAACAUUUUUCACAGUGCGGGGAAAUUUUUUCAACGCACUGUGCACUCUUUGUCGCCGACGCACAGUGCAAACAAAUGAAAAGAUUCUGCACGGUGCAACGAUUUUUUGCUUUUUAUGACAAAACGUAUCGCACUGUGCGCAAACAUUUUAUAUUUCAGGCGACUGCGAGCUUGGUUGGGCCUACAUAAUAUUGCUGGUUGGCGCCGGUCUGAUGCUUAUUUGUGGUACCCUUUCGGUUUGUGGAGCCAAGUCUUUUCGUCGAAAGCGUUGGCCCGAAGAGAAUGAUCCCAUUCUAAAGCCCUCGAGGCCUGUGAAAAGAAGUAGUUUUGAUGCGCAGGCCCUGAUCAAUAACAAUUUGUUCAUCGAGGAUCGUCCGUUCGGCUCAACUCACUCCCAUUUGGUUCGACAUUCCAGACCGAGUGAUCUCAUUUAG